GACGUUUUGGCAGGAUGUUUUGAUGUCGUGCCGGUGUUUCACCGGCGGUGUAGCAGCCAGUGGGUCUUCCAGCAGGAAAAAGCGCCAACUUCUGCUGCACCGUCCUGAUUGUCAAAUAGUCUGUAAGUGGUUCUAAAACUGGAUAUUCCGUGAAAUAUAUCAAACUUCAAUCUGGGAUGACUCAUUCAGUGAGGGGCGGUGUUGCAUCUCAGUAGAAAAAAUCGCCCGCAAGCUACCAGUAUAUAAAGAUGCCAGGUCUGCAGGGUGAAAAUGUUGUGGCGGCGCUGGGGAGCCCCAUCAAGAAGAGUAAACUGUCUCUGAAGUUCUUCCAGAAGAAAGAAACCAAACGGGCUUUGGAUUUCUCUGAACCCCAGGCAGAUGAAGCUAAAACAGCUGAACCAGUGGAGCCUGAGGCAAGCAGCUGCGAUCAGGUGGUCCCUGGUCCUUCUCCAUGUCCAGCCUCACCUGGUCUUCUCCUACCAUGUGAGAGGAGAGAGAACUUGGUGCCAUUUGUGGGGCUCAACAACCUGGGCAACACCUGCUAUUUGAACAGUAUCUUACAGGUUCUGUACUACUGUCCAGGACUCAGAGGAGGCAUCAAGAAACUGUACAACCUGUCUAAAAGAAAAGACAAACCAAAGGAAGAAACUGAUAAAAGCGACGAGUCAGGGGCUGUAGCUGAGUCUGUGCCCGCUCACAUUGAGCUCCUUGGAAGCUUCAACAGUCUGAUAACAUCAGUGGAGCAGCUGCAGUCCAGCUUCCUACUCAACCCCGACAGCUUCAGCGAAGGAGAGCUCGCCACACCGCCUCGUAAAAUACUACACACACUCAGGCAACUGAACCCCAUGUAUGAAGGCUAUCUUCAGCAUGAUGCCCAGGAGGUGCUGCAGUGCAUCCUGGGAUAUAUCCAGGAGGCCUGUGACACCAUCAGGAAGGAGCAGGAGCCGGAGAGGGAGGAUGAUGUGGCAGAGGUCAAAAUAGAGAAUGGUGUCCAUUCGGGUUCCUGCAACUCUGUAACAGAAUCCAAAAGUCCCACAGAAGAAGAAGGCCAAGUCAGCGGCAAGAGAAAGAGUGACACUGAGGUGGGAAACGCCAAGAAGAAGCCAAAAUCUGUCAAGUCAAAGAAAUCUGUUGUGGAGGAAGACAACAUUGGCAGAAAUAAACCCUUCACUCGCUCCAAAAGGAAGUCUUCCAGUGACAUCACAAUGGACAGCACCCAGGAUAAAGAUGGAGAAGAUAAGGCAGGGGAAGAGGGGAUGAAGAAGCUAAAUGGGGAGGAGGAAGAAGGGAGCGACGGUGAGAAGACAUCUAAGGAGACAGAUGGGAAAAGGAAGAAAAGAGCCAAGCUGGGCUGGUUGAGGCCUUCUGGGAAACAGCCGAGUAUUUUCUCCAAGUUCCGCAGCGUGGGGAAGAUCAGCUCCAUGACUGUGAAGAACCAAAACAAGCCAGAGCAGGAGAAUGGACAGAGUGAUGAACAAAGUCCGAAUGAGAAGAGCAGUGAUGAGAAAUCACCACAGAACACGGCUGAAGACAAGAAGGCAAUGAAACAUCUAGAUGGCCUGGACCUGAUGGAGCACUUGUUCCAGGGUCGGCUGGUUCUAAGAACUCGUUGUCUGGAGUGCGAGAGCUUCACAGAGAGGAGAGAGGACUUCCAGGACAUCAGUGUCCCAGUGCUCGAUGACCAACCCAGCAGCCCAGACGAUCUCUCAGAGGUCUCACCAGACCCAAAACCAGAGCUGAAGACUCUGAAAUGGGCUAUUGGCCAGUUUGCUUCAGUGGAGCGCAUUGUUGGAGAGGACAAGUACUUCUGUGAGACCUGUCAUCACUAUACAGAGGCUGAGAGAAGUCUGCUGUUUGACAAAACUCCUGAAGUGAUCACCAUUCAUCUGAAGCGCUUCUCCGCCAACAGUUUAGAACUGGACCCCUAUGCAGGCCUCUCUAAAGUGAACACUCCUUUGCAGACUCCUUUGACCUUGUCUUUGGAGGAGUGGUGCACCCGUCCCUCGUCCGCUAAAGGCCAACACUAUCAGCUGUUUGCUGUAGUCAUGCACAGUGGCAUCACCAUCAGCAGCGGCCACUACACCGCCUACGUCCGCAUGUCUGACCUGAAAGAUGUGAAGCUCUGGCUGCAGGACAGAAAAGACACAGAAAAGGAGGAGGAAGAGGAGAAGGAAAGCAAAGAGGCAGCACAGGUGAAAGAUGAAGUGCUGGACUAUGAUGAUGGAGAAGUGUCUUUCAGCCUGAAUGCAAGAGGACAGAGAGCUGCAAGUUUGGCUAGCAGCAAAACGGGAGGCAAAAAGCUGUCUGAGGGUGGGGUUGGACUCUUGGGGGGCCAGAGGAGUUUGUCGAGUUAUGAGCUGGGGAACAGCAGCAGCAAACACACCGAUAAAGGAGCAACAGAGGGAUCUAAACGGAGAAAAACUGUCAACAGUCUGAGCCAAAAUCCUGAAGCUGGACUUAAAAAGGAGCCUGAGGCAGGAGAGGAGGCAUCAGUGACUUCCUGUGGUGGGGUAGGGGCCACAGAGCAGCAGGCUUUGAACAACCUCCUAGAAUAUGAAGGCAAAUGGCUGCUGUUUGAUGACUCCGAGGUGCGUUUGUUUGAGGAGGAGGAUUUCCUGCGAGCCUGCUCUCCUGAGACAUGCUCCUCAUCGACACCUUACCUGCUGUUCUACAGAAGGAUGCCCGAACCUGGAUGCUAACAUGAACACACUGCAGUUGACUCAGGGGGUUGUGCCAGUCAGGCUUUUUGGCAGGUGAGCGCUCAGAAAAAAGAGUUGUAUUUUGCAAUACUACAAACAGUGCCAAAAAUACUGUGGCUGCCAUAUUUAGAACCUGAACUGAAGUUACUUCUCAGCCCAGAAUCCAUCUGGGGCAGAGACUGUUUACUCCUUCUUAUGGACUCCAGUUUGAGUUUAAAGUCAUAUUUUAAAAACACCUAGACAAAAGGAGAUAUAAUUUUCUACGUGCCAGAGAUGACUAAACUUUUUGAGACUUUUUUUUUUGUACAGGGUCUUUUUGUUGUCUGUACUAUGAUUUUCUUGACACUGGCUUUGAUACUGUCAUUGUCUGUACCUUGUCCUCCUUUUUUUGUUUUCUCAGUCACCGAGUUUGUACAGUUUCUUUUUAAAAAAAAAUGGAAAAGCACUUUUAAACAAACAUUUCCAAAUAUAAAAUGCUGGAAAAUGUCUUUUUUUCUAGCUUAAAGUUUUUCUAUGUUAUAUUCAAUUGGAUUUAUAGGAGACUGUCAGUUCUGUGUAUUUGGACUAAUUACUCAACCAUAAAAGCCAAAUAAAAACACACAAAUCCUCUCACUUCACACACUGAGGUAAUGCAGAACGUGCUGCAGAAUUUUUCCUUACAAUAUUUUCUCUACUUUCUAAGAAAAGCCUUUACCCACUUCUUAUACCAACCUCUUUGAAAGUUAUUUCUCUGCACUGAUAUCUUGUUCUUUAUUAUGAACACAUUUUUGGAUCUAUGCUGGUGAAGCCCACAGCGUUUGACUUUACAAGUUACAAUAACAGCAGAUAUUUACAUAGAACAUACUAGAAUGUUAAAUACACAGUAUACACAAAGCUUUUACAUAUUUUAUUGGUACUGCUAAUAUUCAAUAUUAAUAUUGUGCAGGGUGGAGUUUCUCACUAAGCUUUUUCAAGGUGCCAAUUCAGUUUGAAUAAAACUUAGAAAUUGCUAUUUCUUCAGUAAGCUAUCAGGUUUCUAUAAGAUCCAUUUUAACAGGGUUAUGAAAGACUCAUUCCUCUUUCAUAUCUAAUUUAUUGUGUAACUAACAAUUCACAUUUUGAUCAUGCAAAUCUGGAUGUUAUUUAAAUUCAGUCUAUUACUUGAGCUGUACUUUAGUUUUAUGCUGUGAGGAGGGUUUCUUAAGAAAUCUAUUAGUCGUUAUUAAUUUAUGAAAUGGUGAAAAAUCUCCUUUACUACUAUCAUAGACGACUAAAGAAACCAGAAAAGUUUGGAAUGGUUUCUCUUCAAAAUGACUCAAAAUAAUUAAUUUUCUGUUGAUCAACUAAGCGUUGCAGCUCUAGUUUUACAUACAGUGCAAGUUUAAGACAAAACAAUUAAACAAGCACAAAACAGUUGAGCAGUAAUCAAACAGGUGCACACGGGCAGAUUUCUAAGUUCUAUAAAGUUUGAAAGCAAACAAAUCACAAUCUUUGCAAGACACAUCUGAUCAGUAUAAAUUAUUUUGCUUGCAAUCUGCAUAGCUGGAUAUGUGCAGUAUUAGCAGUUUGUAUUGGUCACGUGAGCUAUAGCUGAGAGCAUCGCAAACUAAUUUGCUUUGACUUCUACUGAAUUUCAGACUUGUUCCAGGUGUGGUCAAACAAAUUUGUCUUUUUCUCUGUCUUUUUGAGACACGACAGCCAAAAAGAUGAGGAUCUUCUCACAGUUUAGAAUCUACUAAAACAAGCUAGAGAAAAU